GCCCGGCGCGGCCGGCAGCUCUCCGCCCGCCGGCUGGCUGUGCUCCCGCCGCUCCCGCCGGGAUGGAUGUGAGCUUAGUCACCGUCUUGGCUAUUCUAGCCCUCGCGGUUAGUCAAACGUCUGAGACUUUGUUUCCCGGGGCCUUUAGCUGUUGCACAAAAAUUUCAGAUGAAAUUCCCAAAGGAAUUCUCCGAAGAGUGGAGAGGUUUGAAAUACAGAAAGCGGAUGGCCUGUGUCACCUAGAAGCUGUUAUUCUCUACAUAGAAGGCAGAAAGUUCUGUGUGAGCCCACAGAUUAAAAAAGUUAAAAAAUGGAUGAAGAAGAAUAAGCACAAGAUUCCCAGAAGAAAACCUCGUGGUGGAAAGCAGAGAAGAGACAAAAUUAUUAAAAAGAAAGAAAAUAAACAGUAACAUGAGGAGGCAAGCCCCAUAAUGAAGAUACCUGUGGAGUACGGCACUGUGAACAAAGAUACCAGACUUCAUCAACGAUGGAUCAUUGUAGCAUCAAAAAGACUUUUCAAAAACCUAUGUGCUAGAGAAAGCAGUGGCAGAAAAAGUUAUCUGUAGACAAGAAUGAUGCUGGUCAGAUUACCAGCCAAAUUACAAGAUGCUAGUGACAAUGUCUUGUAGCAAGUGCUCCUGUACCUCCUAGAUCUAUUGGUAGACUUAAAUCUUUCUCUCCUACCCUACUUUUAUGGCAGCCUCCCCUGUGAUUUCUAUUGUAACAUGCUGGUAUGCAGUUCCUUCUCAUUGCUCCAUUUCCCAGUCCCAUUCUUGGUCCUUAUUUUCCCUUGUCUGCAAUCAUCUUUUUGCUGUUUCCUGUUUUGUUUCUAUUCUUCCAGCCAUAAAUCUUUUCUUUUCUUCUUCUUACAUAAUUUUACAGAUACCUUUCCAGAUACUAGUUCAGUUUAAGUUGGCCAAAUCCAUUUAUCUUUUACCUAUUCCAAAUGAUGUCUGCUCCCAGCUGUUAUUAUCAUGAGAUUUCAGUGAUAACAACCGAGCCUGUUCAUCGAACUCAAAGUGUGGCAUCUGAAGCUAUGCAAUAAAGAUAAUCUCUAUUG